UAAAUGCUUAACGGCAAUCCCGCGGUUCGUCAGUUACUCCUCCUCACUACUCUUUCUACUCUUUCUCUCUCCUCCCCUGUUUCCCGAACUUACCAAAAUCACAUUUUUUCUUUCAACUUCUAAAUAUUAUUAUAGCUAAAUAUAAGCUAUAUACUUAUAUCAAAUGAAAUUUUAUAAUUACCUUUGAGAGUAUUGUCACAAAGGAGUUUCCCACGGUCUUGGACGAUAUUAUCACAAGGUUUACUAUCUUGCAAGAAUGGGGAAGAAAGGAAGAGGUUGGUUUUCGUCUGUGAAGAAGGUUUUUAAGUCUUCUUCUAAUGAUUCCUCUGAGAAAAAUAAGGAAAAGAGUACCCAAAAAUGGAACAAUAAUGAUGCACUAGAGGUUGUGUCCGUGGAACAUUUCCCAACUGAAAGUUCACUAGAUUUCACCAAUGACGAGAGUGGUGCAACAUCCCCGUCAAGAGAUGAUCGUACACACGCAAUAGCCGUUGCUACGGCCACGGCAGCGGCUGCCGAGGCAGCUGUGGCAGCAGCUCAAGCUGCAGCUAAGGUUGUCCGGUUAGCUGGUUAUGGGCGUCAGUCUAGAGAAGAACGGGCGGCCACUUUGAUACAAUCACAUUAUAGAGGAUACUUGGCUCGAAGGGCUUUGCGUGCUUUAAAAGGGUUGGUGAGAUUACAAGCAUUAGUAAGGGGCCACAAUGUAAGGAAGCAGGCCCAAAUGACUAUGAGAUGUAUGCAAGCUCUAGUACGAGUCCAGGCCCGAGUUCGAGCCCGGAGGAUUCAUUUGGCCCAUAAAAAUCGUCAAGAUAAUCAUGUUGUUAAUCAUGAAACUAAUUAUGAUUAUGAUGAUAAAAGAGGCAAACAUUAUAGGACAACUUUACAAGAUGAGCUAAUCACAGCAAUUAAGAGCCCAACAAAGAUUAAUUAUAGCAGUAGUAGUAAUGUUGAUGUGUGGGAUGGAAGACACCAUAGUUUUGAACAUAUCAAAGAGAGUUCUUUAAAGAAGCAUGACGCUGCCUUGAGAAGAGAACGAGCUCUUGCUUAUGCUUAUAAUUACCAGCAACAACAGCAACAACAACAACACUAUUUAAUGCAAUCAACUUCUCCAAUGAAUGAUGCAAUGUUCUCUGCUUAUGCUAAUGCAAUGGACAAGCCUCAAUGGGGUUGGAAUUGGUUGGAGCGAUGGAUGGCCUCUCAAAAACCAUUACAAGUCAGUAAGAUGAAAUCAGGACCAAAUGAAAGCACAUAUAUGACAGCCACUAGCACUGAUGAUGUAUCAGAGAGGACUGUUGAAAUGGACAUGGUUGAACCACCUCAUCAUCAUAGGGACCAUACGAAUGUCAUGCAUAGGCCAAGUAGGGAGGGUAGACAGUCCAGUUUUGAUGGAGUUCCAAGCUAUAUGGCCCCAACUCAAUCUGCAAAAGCUAAGGUUCGAGCCCAAGGUCCAUCAAAAUCACGGGCCCAAUCUUUGUCCCCUUGGAACCAUCCUUCCCCAGCUAAAAGAUCUCCUAUAGGGCCCAGUGAUGGGGCCUCUUCUAGCUCUGGUGGUGGGUCAGUUCAUCAUUAUCAAUAUACUCAUACUCCAAGCCCAAACAAUAAUGGGGCUCGAGCCCACAAUCGAAGGGCUGCGGGAUACAGCCCAGAUUCUACUGGUAGUAGUGAUCGAAUGUUUAACAAUAAUUGGAGAUAAGAUGAUCUUAUAUGAUUAUAGCCUAUAGGACAUCUCUUGAUCCUAUCUGCUGCCAAUCGAGUAGCGAAUCUCCUAUUAAAAAAAAGGUUAAGAUAGUUCUGCUGCCUCAAUUGACAUCGAUCCCUCCAUUGAUUCUAAUCUUCAAAAUUUUAUUUUACUUGAUUCGUGAGGGUUGUCUCUUGAGAGAAGGGUGUCCUAACUUCACUCAUGUACCCAAAAAAAAAAAAAAACUCUUGAGCGUAACUCUUUUUAUUAUUGUUAUUACAUAAUUAUAUCAUCAUACAAAGAAAAAUAAUUAUUUUGUAUUUAGAUUAAUAUAUAAGAAUCUAUUAAAUAAAAUGGGUUGGUUUAAACUUUAGGAUAAAUUAAUCAAAUGAUCAUUUGGCAUGUGAUGGAAGUCCAUAUAAAGCUAAUAGUGUGAGAGAAUUGGAGGGUUAUGGAUCUCAUGUAUUUGGCAUAUGGUGUAUAUAUAUGGAAUUGUAAUUGAACAAUUAGUUAUUGGAACUUUUGAAAAUAUGCUUUGAAAUAGACGAGUUGUUGUGAUGAGGCAUCCGACCAUCCUGUAUGUUAAACAUUUGAUUAUGGUAGAUGUUCUUUCAAAUA